UAAUAACGAGCCGCGGCAGAAGCAACAAACUCUUGCAGUUGCAGCAGCGGCAGGCUGACACAGAAGCUAAGCCAAGCUACGCGCAGAACGACAAGAGAGUCAGAGAGGACGCGCCGCGCGUUAACGUUCUUGGAAGAGACCGACCGAGAGAGAGAGAUGAGGUCGAGGGUGGCGCUGGAGCCGCUGGCGGAGGAGCCCGGCGGCGGCGAGGACGACGCGGCGCGGCGGCGGCGGUCCGGCCUCCACGCGGCGCUGCACCGGUGGGCGCGCCUCCUGUCCGGCGCCGGCACCGGGGACGACGGCCGGCCCGCCGCCGACCUCCGCGUCCUCCUCUCCGUCCUCGCCUGCCCGCUCUCCCCCGUCCCCAUCCUCCCGCGCCUCCCCAAACACGUGGCGUCGUCGGCGCAGUACAUAAUCGAGCAGUUCAGGGCGACGACGGGGUGCGGGAAGACGGCGGCCAAGAGCAUGUACGCGGCCGGGAAGGUGCGGCUGGCGAUGCUGCAGGAGCCCGCCGGCGGAUCAUCAGCAUCAGGAGGAGGCCAUGGGCGCCACCACGAGGGGAGCUUCGUGGUCUGGCAGCUCGCGCCGGCCAUGUGGCUCGUCGAGAUGGCCGUGGCCGGCCACAGCAUCGCCGCCGGCAGCGACGGCCGCGUCGCCUGGCGCCGCACCCCCUGGCUCGGCGCCCACGCCGCCCGCGGCGGCUCCCGCCCCCUCCGCCGCGCCCUCCAGGGGCUGGACCCGGUGAUGAUCGCGUCCAUCUUCUCGACGGCGGAGCACGCGGGGGAGAAGGUGGUGGACGGGGAGGACUGCUUCGUGCUGCGGCUGGACGUGGGGCCCUCGACGCUGUCGAGCUGGAGCGACGGCACGGCGGAGGUGAUCCGGCACGCGCUGACGGGGUACUUCAGCCAGCGGAGCGGGCUGCUGGCACGGAUCGAGGACUCGCAGCUCACCCGGAUCCAGUCCUCCCCCGGCGCCCCCGCCAUGUACUGGGAGACCACCAUCGCCUCCACGCUGGCCGACUACCGCCACGUCGAGGGCCACGGCGGCGUCCACGUCUGCGUGGCGCACUCCGGCCGGUCCACGGCCCACCUGGCGCGGUUCGGCGUCGGCGUGCGCGCCGCCAGGGUGGUGACGCGGAUGGAGGAGGCGUGGACCAUCGAUGACGUGGCGUUCGACGUGCCCGGGCUCGGGCCCGACGCGUUCAUCCCGCCCGAGGAGGUCAGGCGGAGCCGCUGCUACGACGACGCCGCGCGAAAGUGAAAAAGGACUCUCAACCCAGUGUAAAACAAUGUGGUAGGGCUUAAUUUAGUUUCGUUUCGUGACCGUACGUAUGUCUUGUCUCAGUCAACCCCGUUUUGUUUGUGAGUGCUGCGGCAACGACUGGAAAUCGCACGAUGUACAUAUGUGUGUACACCAUCUGAGUUACUACCUGAGAAGAAGAAAAAAGGUUCACACAGCUUUUAUAUACGCACCAGUGAGAUUUUGGUUUUAUGUAAAAGAAAAUGUGAGUGCUGUUUUCUAGAUGGAGUACAAAGCCGGCCAAAUUUGAUACA